UGGGCGGAAGGAAGAGAGACGUUAAUCUGAAAGACAGGCGACUCAUCAGAGCAAGUUUGAGUGAUUUACUCCGUUUUAAUCGAGCUCGUAUUUAUCUCAGCCAGGUUUGCCCAAUGGUGAAAUUACGAGCCCGCUGUAUUAUUGUCGGAGAUGCGGCAGUAGGGAAAAGUGCCCUCUCGCAGAUGUUCCGCAGUGACGGCGGUCACUUUCAGAAGAACUACAGCAUGACUGCUGGAGUGGAGCUGCUGUUGAAAUCGGUGAACAUUCCAGAGACCAGUGACAGUGUGGGGCAAUACAUCUUUGACUCAGCUGGACGGGAAACCUUCGUGGGGGCCUGUGAGAAAAUGUGGGGGCAACCUUCGGUGGUGUGUGUAGUGUUUGACAUCACCAGCCUGGCGUCGUUCAACAGCUGCAGCCGGUGGCUCGAGAGAGUCCGAGCUCACUGUAAUGGACUACAGGUACCAGGUGUGCUGGUGGGGAAUAAGUCAGACCUGUCAUCGAGGAGGGAGGUGGAAGCGGCUGUGGCACAGGAAUGGGCACAAAGCCAAGGCCUCCAGUACCACGAGACCUCUGCUAAGGACAUGGAGAACUGUGAUGCCCCCUUACUGAGUUUAGCCCAAGCCUUCUACUCUCUCUAUCAGGACCGCAGGCAGAUGAUCCAGGGCCUUGGCUGAUGCUUCACAGUGAUCCACAACUUGCAGUUGUCUGUUGCAGGGACAUCCAACUCUGGUCCCUUACUAAACCUGGUCCUUGAUUAAAACAGGUGUGUUUGAGCAUUUGAACACUGUGCUGGACCACAGAUGGACCCCCUGGUCUACUAUUUCAUACUUAACUACUUUGUGUUAGUACCACAUUAGUACCUCUGUAUCACUACAUAUGUACAUAUUCAUAUAUACAGAUGAAUAAAACUUUUUAUACAGUC